ACUCACUCACUCACUGGUGUGUUGAGGGAGCAGGUAGAGAGAGAGGGUGAAGUGAUGCACCCCAGAAUCAAGGCUGAGUUAGGAAGGAAGUGGAACCAUGAGACGGCUGCUCACUCCCAGGAAAGCAAGGAUGGAAGAUUUGUUGAGGCUGGAGAGCAGUGAACUGGACGUAGUCGAGAUGCUGAGAGAGUUGAACAUUAAUUAGAUAUGGAGCAGUUUAUUCUAGAAAAAGCUGAAAGGGCCAGUGUUGGCAUUUGAGGAAAUCUAGAGGGAAAUAAGAUGAAGUAGAUUUCUGCUGUACUCAGAUAUAUUCAGGAUGUGGUGGGAGGGGAACCUGCUUGGGUGUGUGUGUGUGUGUUUAAGUUAAUACUGUGAAGAUUUUUGGGAAGUGACAGCAACUCUUUAAACAAGUGAGAAAAUAAGAAACAGUGACCUUUAAAACAGUGAUCUUUAAAAGUUUACCUGUUGCUUAAACAGUUUGCUUGGCCAUCAGUUGAUGUACUAGAGUCACAAGAAAAUUUUUAAGCUUUUUAUUUUGUGUUAUUCCUAACAGAUUUUCUUACACAUGUACACCAAGCAUUCGUUAGAUUAUUUUCUCCCUAAUCUCUGUAAAGCUGCCAGACGUUUUUACUGUAUUAAAAUAAACCAAAGACCAUUUCUCAUGAGUUCCUCAAGGCAUCUUCUUUCUUUUCUCUUAUUCCAAAAGAAAAAAGAAGAAAUGUUUCAUCCGGAGACAGCCUGAUUCUAGAAUACUGAGGUGUUCUAAAAACCAUCGCAUCAUAUUUAGAUCAUCUUCACUUGGUUAAAUUGUUGCAUGAAAGAAUGUCCCUGGCUGCUUAUUGUGUCAUCUGCUGUAGAAGAAUGGGAACCUCGACUCCUCCGCCAAAAAGCAGCACAUACUGGAGAGAUAUCAGAAAUAUAAUAAAGUUUACUGGAUCACUUAUUUUAGGAGGCUCCUUAUUUAUUACAUAUGAAGUUCUGGCCUUGAAGAAGUCUUUGACAUUAGAUACUCAAGUGGUAGAAAGAGAAAAAAUGAAGUCAUAUAUAUAUGUGCACACAGUUUCUUUAGAUAAAACAGAAAAUCAUGGAAUCACCUACCAGGCAAGGAAAGAGCUUCACAAAGCAGUGAGGAAAGUAUUGGCAACGUCAGCCAGGAUAUUACGGGGUCCAUUUUCUGACACUUUUAGUACAGUCGAUAUAGAAGAUCACGACUGCACUGUGUGGCUGCUGCUGAGGAAGAGCCGGUCGGAUGACAGGGCAGCCCGACUGCAGGCCGUCCAGGAGAUGUCGGAGGCCCAUCACUGGCACGAUUACCAGUACAGGAUAAUUGCUCAAGCCUGUGAUAUGAGAACUCUUACUGGUUUGGCACGAAGCAAAGAGAGUGAUCUUCGGUUUUUUCUCCGCCCUCCUCCUCUGCCAUCUUUAAAAGAAGAUUCUUCCACUGAAGAAGAGCUCAGACACUUGCUGGCUUCUUUACCUCAAGCAGACCUGGACGAGUGUAUCCAGUGUUUCACAGCUUUGGCUCUGAGUGAGAGCAGUCAAAGUCUCGCUGCUCAGAAGGGUGGUUUAUGGUGUUUCGGAGGAAAUGGACUUCCUUAUGCGGAAAGUUUUGGAGAAGUUCCUUCAGCUACAGUGGAAAUGUUCUGUUUGGAAGCUUUAGUAAAGCAUUCUGAGAUACCCACACAUUGUGAUAAAAUUGAAGCAAAUGGAGGCUUGCAACUACUGCAGAGGCUGUACCAACUUCACAAGGACUGUCCUAAAGUACAGAGAGAUAUAAUGCGUAUCCUUGGAAAUAUGGCUUUGAAUGAACAUCUUCAUUCUACUAUAGUUCGCUCAGGCUGGGUUUCCAUACUGGCGGAAGCAAUCAAGUCUCAGCACAUCAUGGAGGCCUCCCAUGCCGCCAGAACACUGGCUAACCUAGACCGAGAGACUGUGCCAGACAAGUACCAGGACGGCGUGUACGUGCUGCAUCCGCAGUACCGCACCAGUCAGCCCAUUAAAGCAGAUGUCCUUUUUAUUCAUGGCCUGAUGGGAGCAGCAUUCAAAACGUGGCGCCAGCAGGACAAUGAUCAGGAUUUAACUGAAAAGGUCUCAGAAGAUGAAACCAAAUAUACAACGUGUUGGCCCAAGUCGUGGUUAGCAAGAGACUGUCCUGCUCUCCGAAUAAUAUCUGUGGAGUAUGACACCAGCCUAAGCGACUGGAGAGCCAGGUGCCCUACAGAAAGAAAGUCCAUCGCUUUCAGAAGCAACGAACUUCUGAGGAAGCUCAGAGCUGCUGGUGUUGGGGACAGGCCAGUGAUAUGGGUGUCACACAGCAUGGGAGGUCUUCUUGUCAAAAAGAUGCUGUUGGAAGCCUCAAAGAAGCCGGAAAUGAGUACUAUUAUAAACAAUACCAGAGGAAUAAUUUUUUAUAGCGUUCCUCAUCAUGGAUCCCAUCUGGCUGAAUACUCUGUUAAUAUUCGCUAUCUUCUCUUUCCCUCUUUGGAAGUCAAAGAACUCAGCAAAGAUUCUCCCGCCCUUAAAACACUACAGGAUGACUUUCUGGAGUUUGCAAAAGACAAAAACUUCCAGGUGCUGAGUUUUGUAGAAACACUACCGACCUACAUUGGUAGCAUGAUUAAACUCCACGUGGUGCCCCUGGAAUCGGCAGAUUUAGGCCUUGGAGAUCUAAUUCCUGUGGAUGUUAACCAUCUAAACAUUUGUAAGCCAAAGAAAAAGGAUGCUUUUUUGUACCAGCGCACCUUACAGUUCAUCCGUGACGCUUUAGCCAAAGACCUGGAAAACUGACAGCUGUCUUCUUCCCUUUUCAUAAGUGACCACAGUGCAAGAAACGUGCUGUUCUCUUUUUUAAGCUCUACGAAAUCAUGCAGACAUAAUCAUUGUGGCAUCCAGGUGGCUUGGAGUACGUCGCAGGCAACAGACUACUGUUCUGUAAAACACAAACAAAAGUGGCAAUCAAGAAUGAAGGGAGGGCUAGACCUGAAGGUUUUGAGUUAAAAAAAAAACCAACAAAAACGUCCUGUGUGCCAGCUUAUUUUGUGCAGCAUUGUCCCUGGUGAUAGGGAGCAAGCUGCUCUGGCUACAGAGUCCUGUGACUUCUGCCGUCUGUGGCCAUCCCCGGCGCAUGCUGGGAGCAGCACGGAUGACUUCUGCAGGGAGAGCCCUCCCCAGCUUAGCACAGAAAUGCCUCUCAAGGGAACCUAUGGAGAGAGAAGGAACUAGAACCUUCAAGACUCUGUUUUGGGUCUGGGUUUCCAUGUGCUGUAAACUUUUAAAACCUUGUCAGUGUAAGCCUUUGUCUAACGUGUUGGCUUUGUUAUACCUCUUGUCAUCCAUGGGUCAGUUCCUGGUAAGUUUUUAUUUUCAUAUUGCUGAGAACAAGUAUUUUUCUUUUUCAGAGAGUUCUAGCCUAUAAUAAUUCCUUCCAGACUGUAGCUCCCUAUACUUUUAAUUUUUCUCAGAUAAGAAGAAUAAAUCCAUUAUUGAUCAGAGUGUGAAAUAAAACUAGUCUAAGCCAAUACACAUAUUAGCAAUAGUUAGUAUCAAGACUCUCAGAUUCAUUUUAGCAAAAUAAAGUAUACCUUUCCUUCCUGCUCAUUUGGAAGUGGUAUUAAUUGUCUCCAGCAUGUGAGAAAUAGGAAAUCAUAUUGAUGACUUUUUGAAAAAUAAUUGAAAAAUAAUUCACAUACUAUAAAAUUCACUGUUUUAAAUGUACAGCUCAUGGAUUUUUAGUGUAGUUUACAGAGUUGUACAACCAUGACCACUAUAUAAUUGCACUAUAUAAUUCAUCAUCCCCCCAAAUAACCCCAUACUCACCAGCAACCAGUCUUCCUCUGCUGUCCCCCCAACCCCUGAUAAACACUAAUCUUUUGGUCUCUCUGGAUUUGUCUAUUAUGGACAUUUCCUAUAAAUGGAAUCUUACAAUGGAAUGGAAUGGAAUCUUAUGUGGCUGUCUAUGUCUAGCUUCUUUCUUUUUUUUUUUAACACUUGUUUAUUUGUUUUAGUUGUGGUAUGUAGCAUCUUCAGUUGAGACACGUGGGAUCUAGUUCCCUUAUCAGGGAUCGAACCUGGGCCCCCUGCAAUGAGAGCACAGUGUCUUAGCCACUGGACUACUGGGGGAGCCCCUAGCUUCUUUCUUUGAGCAUAAUGUUUUUAACUCUCAUCCAUGAUAUAACAUGCAUAUAUGUAGUACUUCGUUGUUUUUUACGGCAAAUAAUAUUCUGUUGCUUGGAUGUGCCACAUUUGUUUACCCAUUCAUCAGUUGGUGGACAUUUAGGUCCUUUCUAUGUUGGGACGAUUAUGAAUAAUGCUGUGAACAUUCAUGGACAAGUGUUUUUGUGGAGAUGUUUUACAUCCUCUUGGGUAUAUACUAGGAGUGGAAUUGCUAAGUCAUGUUAAGCUUAUGUUAGCCAUUUUGAAAAUGAUGACCAUUUGUAGAAUGGGAUAGUUAGUCAAAAACAAGUACAGCAUCUGAAGGUAGACUGGGGUCAUCCAUAAACCCUAACAACAUCUAAUUGUUUAAUUAUGCAAUGACCUAACAAGUGACUUGACUUAUCCUGCUGCAGAGAAUGUGCUGGUUAGCUGUCAGCAAUAUACUAGCUAAUGGGAUCACAGGGUAGAGGCAUAGGUAUGUUUGGUUCUUUUUUUUUUUUUUUUUCCUGUUUUCCAUGAACCAUGGCAGAUAAACCAUGACUGGAACAUCUGUUCAUUAACAUGGAGUAACAGAAUGAAACUCCCAUAAAAUCUUGAUAUAGCUGUUAUAGCUGUGCUUUAAAAAUAAGGUCUAGGAGAGAGAGCUUCUGAAUUACUAUAGUUUCUCAGGCAAGCCAGCAUUUCUGUUUAUUCUUCUUAUGAAGUGGAUAUGAUAUACACAGAUUUACUUCAAUCUUGUGAGAUUUAAGUCAAUAAUAUUUUUUUAAAUAAUCAUCACCUGAAAAACUCUUAAGAACACAAUGUAUGAAAACAUACACAUUUGAAACAGUUUUAAACUUAGACCAUCAAUAAAAUGAUUCUAGUUCAA